UGUGUUUAUGUCACUAUUCAUUUAACCAUCGCUCUCUCUUUCUCUCUCUCUCUCUCUUUAUCUCUCAUCCUGAGUUGCUGUGCUUCACUGCUCCAAUGGCAACUGCGCUUCUUCCCUCUCCCUCUUUUACUGACAGGAUGAAUUAUGCUUGCUUUCAUUCCAAUUUGAACUCUAUGGCAUGCUUCCCUAUCCAUUUUGAGCAUCCAAAAUGUGAUGUUAAGCUUUAUGUGGUCCCUUGUCUAAGCAUUGCACGUCCACAUUCUUCGAGGGUGUGUGUGUGUUCUAAGAUUGUAUCACCAAUAAUGUGCAAUGGAGCUGAACUGAAAAACGGGCGUGGUUCUAUUGUUCCACACUUCCAAAGGUCUGACACUUUGCUUGAUAGCUCAAGCCACCCCUUGAACACUGCAAAUGAUUUUGAGAAGCAUCUCCAAGAGUUAUUUGACGAAGUCAAAACUUUGAUUUCAACAGGGAAGAGAAGUGAUGCCAUAGAUUUACUUCAAGCAAAUUAUCAAGCAGUAGAAGAACAGUUGGAUGCAGGAUAUUUAGGGAUUGAAGAAGUUGCUAUUCUUGAUAUUAUUGCUUUGGGAUAUAUAGCUCUUGGCAACUCAAAGAUGGUUGAAUCACUAUUAGACACGAUGAACAAGAUUGUUGAUUGUUUGAAAGAUGAUGAAAUGUUAUUGGAUUCAGUACUUAUACACAUGGGAAGUAUGUAUUCAUCAUUGGAGAAAUCAGAGAAAUCAAUGCUUAUGUAUCAAAGGGCUCUAAAAAUAUUGGAGAACUUACAUGGCAAGCACAGUAUAUUUCUUGUCACGCCACUGUUGGGAUUGGCUAAACAUCUUGGUUCAGUUGGAAGAGCUGCAGAAGCUGUAGAAAUCUACGAACGUGUAAUUACCAUCGUGGAGUCAAGUCAUGGUGCUGAUAGCCUUGACCUUGUGUUACCUUUAUCUGGCUUUGGCAAUCUCCUCCUAAGGCAAGGGAAGCCUAAUGAUGCAGAAAUUCCGUUUACCAGGAUUUUGAAUCUGUAUUCAAGGCUACAUGGAGAAACUGAUGGAAGGACUGGCAUGGCUCUUUGCUCCCUUGCCCAUGUAAAAUUUGCUCAGGGGGAUGCUGAGGAAGCCAUUCACCUAUACAGAAAAGCUCUUCAGGUCAUUCGGGAUUCAGGAUAUGUAGCAUUAGAUGACAACAUUAUGGAGAAGAUGAGAUUAGAUUUAGCUGAAUUACUUCAUAUAGUCGGAAGAGGUAAUGAAGGCCGAGAACUGUUGGAAGAGUGCUUGGUGAUUACCGAGAAGUUUAAAGGAAAAGAUCAUCCUAGCUUGGCCACCCACUUCAUAAAUCUUGCAACUUCUUAUUCUUUCUCAAAGAACUAUGUCGAAGCAGAACGCUUGCUCAGGAUGUCUUUGCGGGUCAUGAUGAAGUCUGUUGGCCCUGAUGAUCCGUCCAUCACCUUUCCUAUGCUACAUCUUGCAGUUACCCUCUUUAACUUACGACGUGAUAAAGAAGCUGAAAGGCUUGCCAUUGAAGUUUUGCGCAUCCGUGAGACAGCUUUUGGAAAAGAGUCCCUUCCAGUUGGGGAAGCUCUUGACUGCCUAGUGUCAAUACAGACCAGAUUAGGAGAGGAUGACGACGAGUUACUGGAGCUGCUGAAGAGGGUGCUCAGAAUUCAAGAGAAAGAAUUUGGUUAUGAGAGUGAAGAAGUAAUGAUAACCUUGAAGAAAGUUUUAUUCUACCUGGAUAAAUUGGGGAAAAAGCAAGAAAAGUUCCCUGUCCAGAGAAGAUUAUCUGUUUUAAGAGACAAAUACAAGCACAGAGUUCAAUAUUAGCUGUACUUUUCUCUGUGAAAAUAUAUUUGUGCAAUUGUAUCAUGUGUAGAUCAUGUUUAUAGGAGAGUAGAUCAUCUGUUUAGAUUAUGGGAAAGAAUGUUCCCGAUAGUAAAUCGAACAUAUUCCAUGAACUGGAUUCAGGGCAGAGAAAGCAGGAUCGUCCCGGUCAGUUGUUAGAACUUUCUCUGAACAAGGAAUCUGCAUAGAGCUUCCUGUAAGUUGUGCACUAAUUUUUUUCAAAUUAAUAUUGAUGCCCACCAUACAUUUUGAUUAAGGAAUAAUGGCUUUAUCAACCAACUUUCCCCCCUUCCCAAUAAAAAAAUUAAAAAAAAUAAAAAUAUCUAGCCUAGUUGUCCAAGAUGCUUGAAUUGUUUUUCAAGGUAAGAUGAACAUUAUUAUUUUUAUUCCUUUCCAUAUUGUCAUUACCAGUCCUAACUAGUACCAGUAUAUGUAUGCAUUAAACUCUUACUCAAUUAUUAAUCGAUUCAAUACUACAAUCACGUAAUAAAAGGUGCAGAACGAAGAACAUCGAUGAAUAUGAUUCGGAGAAACAGAGUUUUGCUGCCUAUGGCUGUCCUUCUUCUGGGAGUUUUUGCAGUAAUUUUCAGUUUUAUUGCUUAUGCCACAAGGGUUCAGGAUAAAGAUGUUACCAAAUCAAAAGGGGUAUGUAGAUAUCCAAGCAGUCCGGCAGAUGCUCUUGGUAUAAUAGCAGCACUAUUUAUACUAGCUCAGCAAAUCGUGUUACGUCUUGCAACUAAAUGUUUCUGCUGCUGUGGACAACGCUUUUAUAAACGUUGUUCUUAUAUAACCUCGCUAUUCUUCUAUAUUUGUUCUUGGUUAACCUUUGUGGUUGCGUUCAUUGGAUUGAUAUAUACAGCAAUGCUCAACAACAGCCAUUAUUUAGCAAAGACCUAUCCUGGAACAAAUGGCGACGAUUGUAACGUGGGCAAUGAGAAAUAUUACAUUGGUGAUGCACUUUGGUGCAUAAUUAGCACUAUUUUAGGUCUAACCUCUUACGCUUUCUGGGUGAAAGGUACUGCUAAAACAAGCGAUAAUUCCCAAGUAAGUAGUUGAUAAUCAACGACAGAAAACUAACAAGAAACUGCUGAUAGUCAUGAUCCAGCAAGGUGUUGUAAAGGGAGAUCCUUAAAUGCAUCAAACAAAUGAACAAAGUUAUUGAUGUGAAUUGAAGCUGGAUUUGAUGUAGUAUAUACCAAUAUCAACCUGAUGUCGAAAGGGGUGCAAGUAGAUGUGCGUGUGUGUUCUUGGUAAUCUUCAAUCGGUACACUAAUCACUGUCUUGUAACGAGCUUAAAGAUUGCUUCAUUUUUUGUACUUUAUUUGUAACAAUGUAAUUGAUCAAUUGAAAUAAUUUCCUAUCUUUCAUAUGAUUGGUUCAUUAGUAAGUAAUAACAUAAUUACAUUAUUCCAAGGA